UGUCCUCGGGUUUCACUAGUUUAACCAGCCCUGGUUUCCUUUUUGUUUAUCCUGCUUGAUGUUCGUUGAUCUUUCAUGGUCAAUAAAUUUGUGUUUUUAUCAAAUUUGUAAAAUUUUCAGCUGUUAUUUCUUUAAAUGUAUUUUACGCGUCAUUCUAACUCACCUUCCCUUCUGAGACUCUGCUUACGUUUCUGUGAGAAAGCUUGCUUUGUCCCUCAAGUGACUGGCUCUCUCAUUUUUUAGGCUUUUUUCUUUCUGUUCUUCUGAUUGGAUAAUUUCUAUUGCUCUGGCCUCACUUUCCCUGCCUCUUCUGCUGACUCCACUCUGCUGUAAACCCAUCCAUGAAUUUUUUUAUUUCAGAUAUGUUUUUCAAUUCUACACUUUUCAUUUGAUUCUUAUUCAUAGAUUUCUCUCUGGAGAUUCCCCAUCUGUUUACUGUUUACUAACAUCUUUUUCUUUAGGUCCAUGGACAUACUCAUAAUUGCUAUGUUAAAGGCUUGGUCUGCUAAUUUCAACAUCUGAGUCAUCCAGGGUUGUGUUGGGUGAUUUUCUCUUAACUGUGCAUCAUGUUUUCUUGUUUCUUUGCAUGUCUGUUUUUUUAGUGUGUACUUACAUUAUGAAAAAUAUAUCGUAGAGACUCUGAAUUUUGUUAUCUUCCUCUGAAGAGUGUUGAUUUUUGUUCUUGUCGGCUGCUGUUACUGACUGAUCACCUUGAACUUGUGGAAGCUUGGCUUUAUGCUUUGUUAGGGUAGAUCUCCAGCAGUGGCCCUUCUGGGCUUUCAACAGGAAGCCUGAGGCACUUGUCAAGGCCCUUUCACUUGACUAGACUCAAACUCUAAAACUUCUUCUCUCCUGUAGUUGGCAAAUAGCUGAAAUCUUUGCUAAGUUCUUUAAUCCUCCUGGGCCCACAUGCGUGCAUAAUUCAGGGGUCAACCGAGGAAUAGGAGAGUUUUUACAGAUUGGUGCCCCCCACACCAACUUCCUCCUUUGGGAAUUCCCCUUUCAUUUCCAUCCUCUCUGACAGCCCCAAACUCUGCCCUCUGACGCCUCAACCCAGUACACUUUCUGCUUAAGUUCCAGCUACCCCACACUGUAAGAUGUAAGCUUAUAAGAUGUAAGGCAUAGCAGAGCAUAGACAUCUUCCUUUCUUUUAAAGCAGCACAGGACUUCCUGUUGUGGAUGUCCCAUGCUUUAUUUAACUAGUCCCCCAUCAAUGGCUAUUUGUUUGUGUUUCCUCCAGUCUUUUGUUAUGACAGAUGAUCUUGGUGGGCUAUUUUUUAUUUCUCUUGCUCCAGCCUUUACAACUGUGUGCAACAUAUUAAAGUCCACAGAUAUAGUCACACCUUUCGUUUGCAAAGAAAACUCCGUCUUUUAUAGAUUUGUGCAAAAGUCCUGUCAUUUGUACCAUGAUGGGUUAGUUUAUCGGAUUAGUUUAUUGGAUUUAUCCUGACAGAAUUCUUCCUGAAACUAGUCUUGUUGGAGUCAUGUGACACACCGUCAGAGCCCAGACACGGUGAACCAGAGUUGACCUCCUUUGGCUUCACCAUAAAAACUUACCCACAUGGUGUCCGGUCAUGGUGACAUACACAGGUUUUAUGGCGGACAGAGUCCCACAGCAUGGACAGUCACUUGCUAGUUUCCAGAUUCAAAUUCCUCUGAGGGCAUCCUCAUGAGAAUGUCAUACCCAUGUCUUUCUCCCUCAAAAGUACAGGCCAGCUACCUCGUCACCAUGGCAGGGAUGCUUCUGAGGGAGGAGGAGUGUGUGUGAGUCUUUCCCCGCCAUGGGGAAGGGCAACCCUGCCCCAUUGUGCAGCCGCACCUGGGAACCUGAGUGGGGAGGCAGGAUGAGUUUGGCCGUGUCCCGACUCAGGCUUCUCUCUCUGCCACGCACCCACUGUGGCUUAUGAGGAGGAUUAAGCGAUCAACAGAUGCAGACCACUUAGAACAGUGCCUGGAACAGAGCUCAGUAAAGAUUGGGGUGGUUGUUGUGAUCUGUAAACGUGUAAAGGGAAAUUGCACUGCUAGCUCUCUCCGAGGCUGCUCACCUUGUAAGCAUACUUCUUGAGAACUCAGCCCAGGGGGGCAGGAGAACAAGGGAGGAAUUGUCCCCGGACAUCUGAGAUCAAGUGAAACCAUGCAGAACGUGAAAUCCCCCUCUCCAAAACCAAAAAGGGAAAAAACCCAAUCCAGUUGCUGCCCCUGAGGUGCGGUGAGCCUGCUGUGAUCCUGCAGGUGGCUCAGCCAGGACAAUUGCCAGACACUCUCCAAAAUUUCCCUUGUGGUCAUCCGGGUCCUUCGGUCCACUUUACUUUCUUUGUUACAUCUGAAUGGCUAACAGGAGGCGGAAGCAUCUAGCAGAGUCAUAUCGUAAGUCAUCGGGGACGUCCCUUUGGCUGCUACUCAGCAUGUAUCAUUUCCUGGUGGGACAGACUGUGCGAAGGGCUCCUGUGGCUUUAAGGAGCCAGGCGAGGUCACUGUUAAUCAUACAACUUUAUUGCGCUCCUGGGUUAUAAAGGAAGCGUCCUCAUUCUGCAUGUCUGUUUUAUGACGUCCAUAAACAGCGAAUUGCCGACGACUGUGCCCCGGGUUAGAACGUCCUGGACCGGCUGGAGGGGCCGGGAGAGCGAAAGUGGAACAGAGAGAAAGAAGAAUUAAUCCAGAGCGUGCUGACCCAGGUUGCAGAGCAGUUCUCAAGAGCCUUUAAAAUCAACGAACUGAAGGCCGAAGUUGCGAAUCACUUGGCAGUGCUGGAGAAACGAGUGGAAUUGGAAGGACUAAAAGUGGUGGAGAUCGAGAAAUGCAAGAGUGACAUUAAAAAGAUGAGGGAGGAGCUGGCAGCCAGAAGCAACAGGACCAGCUGUCCCUGUAAGUAUAGCUUUUUGGACAACAGCAAGAAGUUGACACCUCGACGCGAUGUCCCCACUUAUCCCAAGUACCUGCUCUCUCCAGAGACGGUAGAAGCGCUCCGGAAGCCCACCUUUGACGUCUGGCUUUGGGAGCCCAAUGAGAUGCUGAGCUGCUUGGAGCACAUGUACCAUGACCUCGGCCUAGUCAGAGAUUUCAGCAUCAACCCCGUCACGCUCAGGAGGUGGCUGCUCUGCGUGCACGACAACUACAGGAACAACCCCUUCCACAACUUUCGGCAUUGCUUCUGCGUGGCCCAGAUGAUGUACAGCAUGAUCUGGCUCUGCAGUCUCCAGGAGAAGUUUUCCCAAAUGGAUAUCUUGAUCCUAAUGACAGCAGCCAUCUGCCACGACUUGGACCAUCCGGGGUACAACAACACCUACCAGAUCAACGCCCGCACAGAGUUGGCCGUGCGCUACAAUGACAUCUCGCCCCUGGAGAACCACCACUGUGCCGUGGCCUUCCAGAUCCUGGCCCAGCCCGCGUGCAACAUCUUCUCCAACGUGCAGCCAGACGGGUUCAAGCAGAUCAGACAGGGAAUGAUCACGUUGAUCUUGGCCACCGACAUGGCAAGGCACGCAGAAAUCAUGGAUUCUUUCAAAGAAAAAAUGGAGAAUUUUGACUACAGCAACGAGGAACACAUGACUCUUCUGAAGAUGGUUUUGAUCAAAUGCUGUGACAUCUCUAAUGAGGUGCGUCCGAUGGAAGUCGCGGAACCCUGGGCGGAAUGCUUGCUGGAGGAAUAUUUUAUGCAGAGUGACCGCGAGAAGUCGGAAGGCCUCCCCGUGGCCCCUUUCAUGGACCGGGACAAAGUGACCAAGGCCACCGCCCAAAUUGGGUUCAUCAGGUUUGUCCUGAUCCCGAUGUUUGAAACGGUGACCAAGCUCUUCCCCGUGGUCGAGGAACUCAUGCUGCAGCCCCUUUGGGAAUCCAGGGAUCGCUACGAGGAGCUGAAGCAAAUAGACGAUGCCAUGGAAGAGAAGAAGACGGGGAGCCUGACAUCUGGGGCCACCGAGAAGUCGAGAGAGAAAAGCAGAGACGCGACAAAGAGUGAAGCAGACCGUGCCUGAAGAAAGCAGGACCGUUGCGGCUGUUGCUCUGGACGGUCCGGCCAUGCCGCGCGGGAGUCCUCCAGGCAGGGACAAGCAGCUUCUGAGCGCCUGACGUCACGAGGCCACGUUUUCUAAGAACCCGUUUUGUCCACUGAUACAAAAAGGGAUUCACGAUACUGUACAGAAUUUUUAUUUUUAAACUGUCUUUUAAAUAAUAUAUUCUUCUACAGAAA